UUUUAAACAUCCCGAGAUACAGAUAUUCUGGGAUCGAAAUUUUCAUCGAGGUCACGUUACCGUUGGUAACGAUUGAUGACCGUGUGAACGGCAAACUUCGUUGGCGGUUUGAGCCCCCGGUUCGCAAAAUUUGGGGCUUCGAAAACCGCGUCGCAUCGCGAAGGAUGCUUGCAGAAGCCAUCCAGGCGUCGUCGAUCUAGUUGGAAUAACACGGCGCGCGGUCAUGGCGCCCUCCCAGGCGCUCCUGCUGAACCGUGGCCCGGUCUGCCGGCGAUGCCUCGUUGUCUCCGCGAUAGCGAUUGUGCCGAUCCAGCGCCGGUCCAUCUCGUCAAAAUACUUGAGAAAGCUGGCAGAAGCAGAGAGGCAAUGGCAGAAACGCGCGGAGCUGAUCAAAGAAGGGAAGUUGCCCAAUUUCUGGGACCUGCUGGAGGAGCGCGGUUAUGUGAAGGAUACGGCUGGAUCGAGGGACACCAUCCGCGAGCUCAUGAGAAGGAAGCGGAUAGGCGCAUAUGCCGGAGUUGACCCCUCCGCCAGCUCGCUGCACGUCGGCCACCUACUGCCCCUGAUGGCGAUAUUCUGGAUGUACAUGCACGGAUAUCGCGCCGUUACCCUCAUCGGCGGGUCGACCGUCAAGAUAGGCGACCCCACCGACCGGCUGAAGACGCGGGAGGCCAUGCGCAGCGCCGAUGUGGCCAUAAAUAUCACCAAGAUUCACUACCAGAUGAAGAAGCUGUGGACGAAUGUCGAGGCGCAGGCUAAAAGGUUUGGAUACACGAAGGAGUGGGCUUGGAGGCGCGCGAUAGUGAACAACAACACCUGGUGGAACUCGACCCCAAUGCUCGACGUCCUGAAGAGAGUAGGGAGGUCCAUCAGGAUCGGGCCAAUGCUAUCCCGCGAUACCGUCAAGCGGAAAAUGACCGAAGGGGACGGCGUCUCGUUCGCCGAGUUUACCUACCCGAUCAUGCAGGGAUGGGACUGGUGGGUGCUCUUCAAGCAGCAGGGGGUGCAGAUGCAGAUUGGCGGCUCGGAUCAGUACGGCAACAUCAUCACUGGUAUCGACAUUGUCAAGACCGCCCGAGACAACGAACCCGACCCCGUGCAAGUCCUGCCCGCCCGGGACGAGUUCGACGACCCGGUCGGGUUCACCGUGCCGCUCCUGACAGACUCGUCUGGUGCCAAGUUUGGGAAGACCGCCGGGAAUGCAGUAUGGCUUGACCCCUUCAUGACCAGCCCCUUCGAUCUGUACGGCUACUUUGUCCGGCGGCCUGAUGCAGACGUGGAGAAGCUCCUCAAACUCUUUACUUUCAUCCCCAUGCACGAGAUCCAAGUGAUCAUGGAGGAGCAGAAUAAGGACCCCUCAAAGCGCGUUGCUCACCACCGUCUUGCAUUCGAGGUCCUGUCACUGGUUCACGGCGAAGAGGUGGCGCGCAAAACACAAAAGGAACACGAGAUGAUGUACAGCAAGGGCGGCGCAGCCAUUCCCCUGCCGACCGGAACGUGGGAGAGUCAGUAUGCGGAACCGGAACAUCAAACAAACCCCAACAACGCACCAAGGAUCGACAUGAUCCUCCCCAAGUCUCUCAUCAUGGGCAAGUCCAUCGGCCGCAUUCUCUACGCCGCCGGCCUGGCCGACAGCCCGACGAAGGGCCACAAGCUGGCCUUGCAACAGGGCGUCUAUGUUGCCGGUCACCCCGGCGCCCGCAAGGGACACGGCGAGCCCCUGAAGCCGGGCGAGCUUACGUGGACUUCAAUCAAGUUGUGGUUUCCGCAGGAGACCCAAAGGUAUCUGAUUGACGAUAAGAUACUCAUCUUGCGCAAGGGCAAGCACAACGUGCGUAUCAUCGAGAUGGUCAGCGACGAGGAGUACGAGAAAUCGGGCCAGCGAUACCCGGGCCAGCCGUACACGGGCUACCUCCGCGCUCUCCGACAGCAGCUCAAGUGGCUAAAGCUGGGCAAGAUAUCCCCCGAAAGGGUGAAGGAGGUGUUGCAGAAGGCAGCCGCGAAGGAGGACGAAGCCGCAGGGCCCGAGGCGAUCAAGUUCCCAAAGAAGAAGUCUCAGGAGCAGAUCGAUUUGGAGGCUCAGCUUGAGGAGCUGCUCGCGUCACUUCCAUCCCAGGCAGAAGGGGCCUCGCAGGAAUCCCAGGCAGCAGGAGCUUCGCAGGAAUCCCAGGCAGAAAAAGCCUCGCAGGAAUCUGAGGCAGCAAAAGCUUCGGAGAAAUCCCAGGCAGAAAGAGCUUCGGAGUAAUGGGACGCGGACCGAUUCGCUGGAAGGGGGCAAUACCCGAAGACGCUUCCAUUGGCCAUCUAUUUGUACGACAUUGAACGCGAUCCCCGGCGUCUGUGUAAGAUUGGAA